AUGACUAAAAUUCAAGGAGGAGAUGUUGUUGAAAUUCAAGGAGAUGAAAUGACUAGAAUCAUUUGGGAUCUUAUUAAAGAAAAACUUAUCCUUCCAUAUGUUGAUUUAAACUUACAUUUCUAUGAUUUAGGAAUAGAAAAUAGAGAUUUAACUAAUGAUCAAGUCACUAUUGAUGCUGCUGAAGCUACAAAAAAAUAUAAUGUUGCUGUUAAAUGUGCAACAAUUACCCCUGAUGAGGCUCGUGUUGAAGAAUUUAAACUUAAAAAAAUGUGGAAAUCACCAAAUGGAACAAUUCGUAAUAUUUUAGGAGGAACUGUUUUCCGUGAGCCAAUUAUUUGCAAAAAUAUUCCAAGACUUGUUAAUACUUGGACAAAACCAAUUAUCAUUGGACGUCAUGCUCAUGCUGACCAAUAUAAGGCUACUGAUUUUGUUGUUCCAGGAUCUGGAAAACUUGAAAUUAAAUUUAUUGGUGAUGAUGGCACUGAAAUUAAGCAUGAAGUUUUCCAAUUCAAAGGACCAGGUGUUUCACUUUCAAUGUACAACACUGAUGAAUCAAUUGAAGAUUUUGCUCAUUCAUGUAUGAAUUAUGCUCUUGAUAGAAAAAUGCCUCUUUAUCUUUCAACAAAAAAUACUAUUUUAAAGAAAUAUGAUGGACGUUUCAAAGAUAUUUUCCAAGAUAUUUAUGAUACACAAUACAAAUCCAAAUUUGAAAAAGCUGGAAUUUGGUAUGAACAUAGACUUAUCGAUGAUAUGGUUGCUCAAGCAAUGAAAUCUGAUGGAGGAUUUGUAUGGGCAUGUAAAAAUUAUGAUGGUGAUGUUCAAUCAGACUCUGUUGCUCAAGGAUAUGGAUCACUUGGACUUAUGACUUCUGUUCUCAUAUGCCCUGAUGGUAAAACUGUUGAAGCUGAAGCUGCUCAUGGUACUGUUACACGUCACUACAGACAACAUCAAAAAGGACAAGAAACAUCAACAAAUCCAAUAGCUUCAAUCUUUGCCUGGACACGUGGAUUAGCUCAUCGUGCUAAACUCGAUAAUAAUAAUCAACUUGCUAAGUUUGCUUCUGACCUUGAAGCUGUCUGUGUUGAAACUAUUGAAGCUGGUUUCAUGACAAAAGAUUUAGCUAUCUGUGUUAAAGGUUUAUCUGGUGUUACACGCAGUGACUAUCUUAACACUUUUGAAUUCCUUGAUAAACUUGCUGAAAAUCUUAACAAAAAGCAAGAACAAUAA